AUUUGAGGAUGCCAGCUAUAGUGUACAAAGCCAGAUCGACGACUGAGCUCAUCGCUUUACGCGCUCGUGAACAGCCGGAUGAUCCUGCGGUCUACACCGGCAUUCCAGAACCAGACGACAUUAUCAGACUGAGAUCCAUCUCCUAUUCAGAUCUUCUUCGAGCUGUCGACCGUCUCGCAUGGCACUAUUCGUUUCUCGGUCUUGGUGUACAGCUUUCAUCACGGGAGUCGACGAUCCCACCUCCACAAACCAUCGCUUGUCUCGUCACCUCCGCUAUCGACGAGACCCUACUUGAGUUUGCCCUUUGCAAACUCGGCUUAACUCCUCUUUUACUUUCUGUGAACAACUCUGUACCUGCCGUUGCGCAUCUGUGCAAGCUCACGAAAUCGGCGCACCUUAUUUUCAGCCCCAAGUUUACCGAGGAGGCAAAGGAAGUGCAGAGUUCGUUAGCAACAGAGGGUUAUGAGCUUGAGAUUAUUGAAGAUAAACGUUUUCCAUUGUGGGGCCCUGAAGGAAUCGCUAGCGCAACCGUCAAGGCAUUUCAGGCGCCUCUGACUCCGGAGCAGGAAGCUAAUAGGCCAGCGGUUGUCUUGCAUUCUUCUGGUUCGACGGGUUUCCCUAAACCAUGCUAUAUCACUCAUUACGGGCUAAUCGCCAACGUCGCUAUUAACCAGAACAAGAUUGGAUUCAGCACUCUACCAGUAUUCCACGGAUACGGACACUUUGCAUUAUUCCGUUGUAUAUAUCCUGGUCGACCGAUUACACUGUUCCCGCCCCAUCUACCUUUGACGUCUGCCAACAUUUGCGCCAUUCACAAAGUAUCUCCACCUGCUAGGCAAUGUUUCGCCGUCCCGUAUGUUAUCAAGCUCCUGGGUGAAACCGAGGACGGGAUCAGAACGCUCUCGACUUUCGACGUUGUCAGCUUUGCCGGCGCUCCUUUACCUGAAGAUCUUGGUGAUCGGCUGACUGCCGCUGGUAUAAAUCUUCUGAGUAUAUACGGUACUACCGAGACCGGGACCCUUAUGAACUCCGAAAGAGAUUUUGCAAACGACAAAGACUGGAACUGGGUUCGCCCGACCCCAUUAAGCAAACAGUUUAUCAAGUUUGAGCCUCAAGGAAAUGACACCUUUGAAGUUGUUGUCCUAGAUGGCUACCCACCCAAGAUCCAAUCCAACAGAACGGACAAUUCGUUCGCCACAAAGGAUCUGUUCAAGCGUCAUCCACAACGGGAAGAUCAAUAUUGUUAUAUGGGAAGAUUGGAUGACACCCUUGUCCAUAUCCUGGGCGAGAAGACAAAUCCCGUCCCGAUGGAAUUGUGUAUUCGUGGAAACAGUCCUUAUGUUGCUGAAGCCAUCGUUUUUGGUGCAGGAAAACCUCAAACUGGUGUUCUCAUUCUACCCUCCGAGUUGGGGAGGGAUUCGUCGAAGUACACGCUUAUGGAGGAAAUCUGGCCCGUCGUCGAGUUGGCGAACGCAGAGGCUCCAUCGCAUUCGAGAAUUCUUCCGGAGAUGGUUGGAUUCCUUCCAUACGGAACUCAUGUUCCUGUCGCCACCAAGAUGAGUAUUCUCCGGCCGGCUUGUUACGCCAUGUUCAAAGAUUUGAUCGAGAGCAUCUAUACGAGAUUCGAACAAGGGUCCGACGACACCAGGAAGAUCGAGAUUACUUCCAAGGAAGCUUUGGAGGAAUAUCUUCUGGACACGAUCAAGAGAGCAGUCGGGCCAAGCAAGGCACCGAAGUUGACGAUGGACGUCGACCUAUUCGCUUUCGGAGUUGACUCCUUGCAGGCGACGAGGGUCCGUCACUCUGUUCAGAAAGAGCUGGAUCUGGGAGGUGUCAUCCUUGGACAGAACGUCGUUUACGAACAUCCCAGUUUGAAGAAGUUGGUGGAAUACAUCUUGUCGCUGAAGUUUGGCACCGCGCAUAACGCUACUCCCCACCAAGUGAAGAUGUUUACUCUACUUGAGAAGUACGCCGAUAAACUUCAAUCGAGGAAAGUCCAAAAUGCUCCUUCUCGUCCGGUCAACGCCAGAGUUGUUGUUCUCACUGGAGCCACCGGAUCCCUCGGUGCCCACAUCCUCCGUCAACUUGUCUCCUCCUGUUCUGUCCGCAAGGUGAUAUGCCUGUCUCGUGCGUCUUCUCACGAGGAAUCCCGCGAGCGUGUCAGAGAAUCACUUCAUUUGAGAAAGCUUCCCGAACCUGAACGAAGCCGGUGGGAUUCGUAUGCUGCCAACCCGAAUGCACCCCAUCUUGGGUUAACCGAGAAAGAACAUGAGUCCAUUAAAAAUGAGGUUACGGAUAUCAUCCAUGUAACGUUUUUUAUUUCGCGUCCUUUUCUCUUACGAACUCGAUAAUCUGAACAACGACUACUUUUUCGUCCUUCAGAACGCGUGGCCGGUCAAUUUUAUCGUUAACAUCGACUCGUUCGAAGCGCACAUCGGAGGCGCACUGAACUUCCUCAACCUCUGUGUUGAAUCUCCCUACGCCGAACCCGCCCAUUUUUACUUCAGCUCCUCUAUCAGCUGUCGUCAAGGCUCUCCUGAUCCUAUUUGCAAGGAGGAUUUCCCACUGGAUCCUAGCACUGCAGCCGGUACUGGAUACGCGCAGAGCAAGUGGGUGGUUGAGAAACUAUGUGAGAGGGCAGCACAAGAGGCUGGAGUGACUGUCGCUGCAUUGAGGAUAGGUCAAAUGGUGGGAGACACAGUCAACGGUGUAUGGAACGAAACCGAAGCAUGGCCGCUUCUUUUCAAGAGCGCGAACACUAUCGGGGUGUUACCCACUCUAGACGAGAACCCACAAUGGCUUCCGGUCGAUUACGCAGGUCGUGGUAUCGCUGAGGUCGUGCUCAACCCUAAUCCACCCAAGGCUGCGGUCUACCACGUCGUCAGCCCAGAUCGUACCACCAGUUGGAACGAGAUUUUAUCUAUUCUGGAAGCCUUAGGGAUGAAGUUUGAGAGAGUUGACAGUAAAGAGUGGGUGGAGAGACUUGAAAAAUCGGAUCAGGACGGUGUUCGAAACCCGGCUAUCAAGCUUCUUGUGAGUUUAUUUUUUUCUUUGCGUGAAGCCUUUCUAAAGAUGCUGCUGACCUCCUUGUAAAGUCGUUCUUCCAGGACCGAUGGGGCUCAGGUACAGCUAAGAAGCCUAUGGUGUUUUUGACGGAAGAGACAGGGAAGGUUGCACAGAGUAUUGAAAGUGCGCCUCCGUUGACGAAGGAGUUGAUCGGGAAAUGGGUUGCUCAUUGGAGACAGACUGGAUUUUUGAAUUGAGUCAGCCUUGCAGGAUAAACGGGUUGUGACAAAAAAAGAGAAAACAGGAAUCGUGAACAUUUUUUGUACAUAUGCCAUUUUUAAUCCCUCUUCGACCUAUCAACACUAGAUCGACGA